UUUCACAAACUGUUGGACCUAUGGUUAUGUUUGAUUUCUCAGAUUUUAUGUCAACGUUUGUCAACUGUUGUGCCCGAUUUUAUGUCCUAACCUUGCUGCGAUCAAUAUGAGUAUGUUUUGGUAUCAUACCCAAAAAGUAUGACAGGUCAAAAAUAAAUUUACAUGGCAUCUAAAGGUGUUAGCUUUAGUUUGCAUUAAAGAGCUAAUUAGCAAGGUGUGUGACAUUUGCAGUAAUGUUAUAGUUGUUAUCUUAGAUAUUUGCAUCCAUUAUCUCUUGAUAUUUUCUUGUCCAUGAGUAGCUGUCAGAGCAUCCUUGCUGCAUUUGGGUCACCUUAUUGUAAAUUUUGGGCAUGUGUAAGAAAAAAAAGGUAGCCAACACAUUUCUAUACAUGAGUACACAUAAUAGGGUAGUUAGGGCUUGUUUGGCUAGGUUGGAUUGAAGAUGCACUACUUUAAUACAUAGCAUUAUCUACCAAGUAGGUAUCGAUAGGUGCAAAACAAAUCUGUGAGCUGCCUGCGUGAUCUGAUGAGCAAUGCAUUCAAAGUGCAAAGAUCAGAUAAUAAAAAGUGCAUGAGUGACAUGUAAUCAGGAGAAUUACAACACAAAAGGUGGAAUAAAUGUGAAAUGCUAUCUCUAUGUCUGCAUAAGAAAUAUGCUUGGCAUUUAUCAGUCUACCACAAUCUCCUUCACCCUCAAUCUCUUAAAAGGUUGAGAGGAAAAUUUGUAAAUUCAGUGUGCAGGAAGCAGGCUCAUUAGCUCUGUAAGUCACAAUGCUCUGAUCAAAGGCAAAACUAAGGAAGCAUUAAGUGUAGUUGCUGUGUGCUCCAAGACAAGUGGGUUAAGUAAUCUGACAUGACAACAGUAGGUCCACAUGAGUGCACACCCGUCUUUUGUGUAUUUUUGUACCUAAUUUGGUGUAUUAGUUGCUUUGUGGGAGAGCAUUUUGUUCACAGAUGCGGAUGCAUAGAAAAAUAUGUUUGAACUUUUAAAAAAAAGGUCGGUGGCACAGACCGUUCAGUUUGAGCUGUGGAGUGGAGUUUUGCAAUACAUCUGUCGUUAAAUUAUUGACGAUCUCAUUCCUCAUAAAUAAUACAACGUGACGAUGUUAUCAUCUUAAGACCAUGAAAGCGUUCUUGAAUCUUGUCGUUGAAAUAAGUGGAUCUAACAAAGUCCCUAUGUGUGGUUUCAAAGAUAAAGCUUACCCAAGAGCCUACAAAGUAGAGCAGACUUCGAGAGAGAGCCUUUGAUCACUAGUGCAUAUGAUGGGACUUGAUGUUUCUGCUCUUAUAGCUGAGAGGACUAGUGAUGAGGGGGCGAUACACUGGGUCUAUUCAGACAUAGCUUUAAAGAGAGACAGUGCAUCAUCUGUAAGGUGUGGGAGGAGCUUUGGCCUCUGGCUGUCUGCUCUUAGUUUCUCUGUGACACAUCAACUGUGAAGAUUUUUCAUCAGAUUCAACAAUAGGUGUUAUUACCUGUAGCCAGCUAUGGCACCAGGGGAUGUGGUGCCAGACCAUGCUAAGCAGCUGAAGCCCAAGGAGAAGCGGCCUGGAAACAGGGCAUCGAAAGCUGACUGUGAGCCUGAUGGGUCAUUCAUCUUUGAGGCUCAUGAGGCUUGGAAGGACUUCCAUAACUCCCUCAGGCAUUUCUAUGAAGUAGGAGAGCUCUGUGACGUCACGCUGAAGGUUGGCAGUAGGUUGAUACCAUGCCACAAGCUAGUGCUGGCUUGUGUGAUCCCUUACUUCAGGGCCAUGUUCCUGUCAGAGAUGUCUGAGGCUAAGCAGGAACUGAUAGAGAUCAAGGACUUUGAUGGUGAUGCCAUCCAGGACCUGGUGCAUUUUGCCUACUCCUCCAAGCUCACAUUAACUGUGGACAAUGUCCAGCCUCUGCUUUAUGCUGCCUGCAUCCUCCAGGUGGAGUUGGUGGCAAGAGCCUGCUGUGAGUACAUGAAGGCCCACUUUCACCCCACCAACUGCCUGGCAGUUCGCACCUUCGCUGAGAGCCACAAUCGCGUGGACCUGAUGGACAUGGCCGACCGAUAUGCCUGCGAACACUUCACUGAGGUAGUGGAGUGUGAGGACUUUACAUGUGUGUCUCCCCAGCACUUGCGCACAUUAUUGUCCUCCAGCGAGCUCAAUAUCCAUUCAGAGACACAGGUGUACAAUGCAGCAGUGAAAUGGCUGAAAGCAAACCCACAGCACCACGAGGCCUGGCUGGACCAGAUCAUGUCUCAGGUGCGCCUCCCCCUGCUUCCUGUUGAGUUCCUGACGGGAACAGUGGCCAAGGAUGAGAUGAUCAAAGGUAACCUGAGUUGUCGCGACCUGAUGGACGAAGCCAGGAACUACCACCUCCACCUCAGCAACAAGGUGGUGCUGGACUUUGAGUAUUCAGUCCGCACCAUACCCCGGAAACACACUGCAGGGGUUUUGUUCUGCGUGGGUGGCCGCGGGGGUUCCGGUGACCCAUUUCGCAGCAUCGAGUGCUACUCCAUCACCAAGAACAGCUGGUUCUUUGGUCCUGAAAUGAACAGCAGACGGCGUCAUGUGGGUGUAAUAUCUGUGGGAGGGAAGGUUUACGCUGUUGGGGGCCAUGAUGGUAACGAACACUUAGGCAACAUGGAGAUGUUUGACCCCCUCACCAACAAGUGGAUGAUGAAAGCCUCCAUGAACACCAAGAGGAGGGGUAUAGCCCUGGCGGCUCUUGGUGGUCCUAUCUAUGCCAUUGGAGGUCUGGAUGACAACUCCUGCUUCAACGAUGUGGAGCGUUAUGACAUUGAAAGUGACUGCUGGAGUGCUGUGGCGCCGAUGAACACACCCAGAGGAGGAGUGGGAUCUGUGGCAUUGGGGAGUUUUGUGUAUGCGGUGGGAGGCAACGAUGGUGUGGCCUCACUGUCCAGCGUGGAACGGUUUAACCCACAUCUCAACAAGUGGACUGAGGUCAGCGAGAUGGGCCAGCGGCGAGCUGGAAAUGGAGUCAGCAAACUCAAUGGCUGCCUCUAUGUAGUGGGUGGUUUUGAUGACAAUUCACCCCUGAGCUCUGUAGAGCGCUUUGACCCAAGAAUGCACCGUUGGGAGUACGUGUCAGAGCUGACUACCCCGCGUGGGGGAGUCGGGGUUGCCACUGUAAUGGGAAGAGUGUUUGCAGUCGGGGGUCACAAUGGGAACAUCUACCUGAACACAGUGGAGGCUUUUGAGCCUCGAAUGAACAGAUGGGAGCUGGUGGGUUCAGUGUCGCACUGCCGUGCCGGAGCUGGAGUGGCUGUCUGUUCAUCUCACGUCAGCCAGAUCAGGGACGUCGGCCAGGGCUCCAGCAACGUGGCCAACUGCAUGUGACCACCGCUCCACUUUUUACCAGGUGACUGACUGCCAGGUCACCAUCAGAUCUAAUCACUGCACAAGCACACGACACAAAGCACACAGACAGUGACGCGGCAACUUCAUUGCUGUCGCCACUGUCUGAACAUCAGCCUUAAUCACUCAUAGGCUGGUGUUCAGUUUGCACAUAGUGAUUGAGGAAUAUUAGGGAGGUUUUGACUGACUUGAAGUGCUCGUCUGACAAAUCUGAAGUCUUCUGACAAAAGAUACAUUAGAGACAUUUUUCUUGACUCCUGCUGGUGUUAUUUGCAUUCAGUGAUGUAGUAUUUUGUACUGUAUUUUCUUCCGUUUGACUGCCUUUACAUAGUUUUGAUUUUUUAAGGGAACAUAGUAGCCGAGCCUACUAGUAUUUAAUACUAACGUCUCGAGAAUGAGAGGUAAGUUUGGAUUCAGAACUACUAGGUUAACUGCACAUUAUCAAUGUGGACUGUAAAGUAGGCCAGUAUGAAUGCAUUUCAAAGGUUUCUUUUUAAAGACUGGCUGUGGUUUACUCAUUGGCUCUGCAGUUAUUUUUGUUAGCCACAGAGAUGUGACAAAUCAGUAGUUUAAAAUAAAAAUAAUGCUGGAUUUAACACAUUGUUUGCAGUGCAGCGUGUGCAGUUAAACCAUUAACAUUUUCAUCAGCCAGUCUAAAAUAUGAUGUUAAGAUGUCAAAUGCAUUUCCAAGACUCCUGUGAUCUAAUGCCAGAUGAGGUGAAAGCAUCCGUUAAAGCAGUUAGACUUAUGAAAGGUGCGUUUCAGAAUUAUUCUAAUAGCAGUUUGACUGCAGCAAGCUGGAUUGUAUUGCAGCAGUUGUAACUGGGAUCUGCCUGUAAUCAUUUGUGUUUGAACAAUCAUUGAAGGGUGAUUGGGACAAAUCAGUCACCGAGAAAGGCGUGACAGGUCAAAGGAAUUCAACUGCUGCAAGUGCCAAACACAAAAAAGUUUGUCCCCUGUCUAGAAAGCGUGUACGUGUAAAUCUGUUUAAUCCACCUGCUGAAUCCUGAGUCGCUUCAUUGAAGUCCCCCUCCACUUAAAAAUAUGUUUUUCAUCUGUUAAUCUCCCCUAAAAUGUCUGACCGUGACUAUACUGACUUGUAUCUGUGCAAAGUUUCUCACUAGAGAGGUGUUUUCACAUUCCUGUGCUGGAAAUCUGAGUUUCAAACGUACCCUGGGCAAGGUAGAUUAGGUACGUCACUAGUAUGAAAGUCAGUUGCUGUCUAAUAUGCAACACAUAUUGAAAGGGUAACAGACUUCCUGUGCAGAGCGGACUCAUCAGUACACAGAGCAGAGUUAGUAUAGUAAAGGUUUUGACAGCAAACAUGGUAGAGUGUGCAGUUUUUAGAUCUAAACCGGACCAAUGUGAACAAUCUGUAACAUUGUAGCAGAUUAUUGUAUGUUUCACGACCACUAACCCUAUGUUAGCCACUGCCAUAUACAAGCUAACAACAUAAAUAAAUAAAAGAUGCUAACUCCACUGACCAUUCUAAAAUGUUUGCUAGUGGCUGAGUUUGGUGUACGACAGACAUCUCAUCUGAGUCUGGGUCUGACUGAGGCUGAAACAUGUACUGCUGAAUCUCUCCGACAUUUCCUCUAACGCUAACGUUAGCCGUCUUGAUGAAUGCUGCUCUUCAAGCGGUUAACCUAGCAGUAGCUUCGCACAGCCAGACCUAUCUUCACACUCUCCACAGACUGAGAAUUCUUCAAUGAGGGAGAAAGAGAAGAUGUGCUUUUAUGAGGGAAAACCAUGUUAAACAAAGUAGUAAUCAUGGUAGAGUAUUUUUACAGACGUGUCUGGAGGGGGACUUUAACCUCGACCUCAGAAUAAAUAAAGGUUUGAUGGCUAUAUACUGUACCUGAGAGUCUAGGACUGAUCAGAGCAAUACGGUGCACGUUUCCAGUUCUUUUUCAGUUUUACAUUAUUUUAUAGAGUUCUGUUCAGACUGACAGGGACAGAUAUUCAGAUUCAAGAUUUGUGUUUGACGAUAGCUGGACUGUCAGAAAUCCUAAUCAGAGUGCUUUCAGAUGUGUAUAAGAUGCAGCUGAGGUUUGUCUCUGCAGAUGGCUGUGUUAUAUUUUAAUAUAUGGACAUUUUGUAUAAUAAAUAGGUGUAUCUUUGGUAUUUCCUUAAUAUCCUUUACUACUCUAUCUAAUCCAUUGCUGUGCACUAUUUUCCUAGAGUAGGUGUGAAGUCUGAGUAUAUUUUUGUCCUAAAUGGAGUUAUUCAUGUUAUGAGUUUGAAGAUGUUUAUUUAACACUCAUGCCUAUCUCUGCCAUAUCUAAAUGUAAUACUUUCUGGCAACAGUUUUGUUUGUUUGUUUUUUUCAGGCUGACAGAGUGAUGACUUUUAAACAGAAAUGCUAUAUAUGGUUUAUACUAAAUAUAUACAUAUUAUCGCACAGUGUGUCCUGCGGAUAUUAAUUUUAGUGCAUAUUGUCAACCUAAUUUUUACACCAAAAACUGAAGAUAAAACUUGUCAGCAGCUUUGUUAGCAAACAAGCCAGAAAAUUCUUUUGUAAAUCUUUUGUAAAGUUUACUGUACUCUGUGUUGUUCUUCCUCCUCCUGACUGCUUCCAUCUUAUGCUUUUAUUUACAUGGCAUUGGUAUAAUAA